CUAUGGUGGCUGCCACUAGCCUAGUCAUCGCUGGUCGUAGACCCCAAUUUCCGGAAACCGACCCAAACAUAAUACGAAACACCGUUACUCUACCAGUCGUAGAGAAGAUUAUCACUGCUCUUGAAGACCCAGAGCGCAAGUAUCCAGAUCUAUGGAAAGAGGUCUUCUUUCAGGCCGGAAUGUACGACGUCUGGGACCAGAUUUGGACCGAAGUCAUCCAUGGGUUUGGGCGUAUUCAUCUACCGAAGUAUUUGGAGAAUAAAAAACCUACGUGUGAUCCAAAAACGCUGGACAAUCAGGCCGACUAUGAGAAGGCUCUUAUAGCGCAAUUCAACGAUCUUAUUAAAAGUAGUAAAGAGGGUGGAUACGGUGAAAAAGAAUUCCAAGAUGAUUUCACGCACACAAACGGCUCUGCCCAGAGUUAUGGAUGUGAUAAAGGCUGUAAGAAGCAGGCUGUGCACCUCAGCGAUCUCAUAGCCAUUCAGGCCGCAAUCAUGGAUUCAUGUCGUGGCAACCCCGGUUAUGUCAUUAUUGGGGAAUGGCGUGCAGAGCAGACGGUCUAG